UGUUAUUUUUUGUUGUUGAAAAAGUUAGUCUCGAUGUUGUAAUUAAUAUAAUUUAAAAGCUAAUGAAACCAUAAAUCAAAAACUAAUUUCUUGAAUGAAUCCAAAGACAAAUUAAAACAUAUAAAAGUGAUGUGAAUUACUUGUAUGAAUUAAUGUCAAUUGAUUGAAUCGAUUGUGAAUCAGGUGAAGAAUUUCUAGAGGAGCCGCUAUACAGUGGGCAUCAAACCCACUCUUCUCAUGUCUAUCUUCCUUUGUUUGAGGCUCAGAAAUUACAGACCACUAUGGACGACAAUAUGUUAGGCGACCAGUCCUACAGAUACCUGACCGCCGAUGAGAUGAAAUCUUUAGGCGACGACUCAUUGCCUUUUGAUGUGACGAAAGACGAGCGAAUGGAGAGCAGAGAUCAACUCGCGCCCAUAACUGUGGACGAAGAGCUCUUCUCACCGCAUCACAUGCUAAUGACUGAGUCAUAUGUGAACGCUUUAGCGCCCGAUAACAUCGAUAUAUCCCGAGCGCCCAUCACUGCCGGGUAA